GGUGCAUACAUAUCUGCAUACAUAUCUGCAUACACGGUGCUCAGCCUCUCAUGAAUAUUACACGGCGAAGAUGCAGUAUUCCAUCUCAUCACGACCGCCGUGGGACGAGCCUCGAGUACGAGCCUCGAGUGUCAACUCCAACACCUUCAAAUACAAAUGACAAGAUUUGUCUUGCAAAACGUACAAUGCUAACUGCGAUUGAUUCUAUUUCUACUCCCUAGUCGAUUAUCACUUUCCCAAAAUACCACAAAUCGCAACUCCAAUAUGGCAGCAAUUAAAGUUGACAGCCAACAGCGCUAUCAUAACACGUCCGCGGCUUAUGUGCUCCCAAAAGCAAACGAUGUCAUUGAGCAGGAUCGACUUGAUACUCAGGCAGCUGCUAUUGUCGAGAUGAUUGGCGGCUUUCCUCUGUUGGCUCCAUUGCAAACACUGAAUAACAUCUCCAAGGUGGUUGAUAUUGGCUGUGGUACUGGUGUAGCGACCAUCCAGAUUGCUACCAUCUUGCCAUCUGCCACCAUUUACGGUCUCGACCUAACCCCAGUUCCAGAGGAGUCAAGGAGAAUGGCACCGGGUAAUGUGGUCUGGGCUCAAGAAAAUGUAUUGGAUGUUGACUACAACCAACCUGAUGGUGGUAUUUUAAGCCGCGAGAUAUUCAAACCGGGAGAAUUGGAUUAUGUCUUCGGCCGCAUGCUUUUCUUAGGCAUCAGCAACUGGCCAAAGUACUUUUCAACCACGUCACAUGCUUUGAGGUCUGGUGGCAUAAUUGAGCAUCAGGAUUUAGAUUGGAAAUUUUAUCGCGUCGGGACCUCAGAGUGUGUGAGCGACGAUUGGGAGUGGCACAAAGCAAUUUUAUCCGGGGCUCAAAAGUCCGGAUUAUCGACAACUUCUGGCUCUGGGGCAGCAGCACUUAUGACAGAUUGCGAUUUGGAAGUGAUCAACGUCCAAAGUUUUGAGUUUUCAUUUUCGGUGUCAAGCAGAACGCCUAAAAGUCAAGCAAUGGCGAGAUAUGUCCAAGCUAAAUUGAUACCACAGUAUCCGGAAUUACUUCGCAAAAUGCUUGGAGCUAUUGACAUUAGUGGGGAGAAAUUGGAGACAUUAACCAGAGCAUGUCUUCAUGACAUCAGUUCUGAGGAGGGCUUGUACCAGAAGUAUACCGUCACUAUUGCAAGAAAGGCAUAGCCAUAGGAUACUUCGAGGCACACGAAUAGUUCUAUAAUCACUUUAUUACGUCGCAAAUCACAUUUUGUAAAAGAUGUUAAAUUUUCACUGUCUUUAUGUCGCUUAGCCAUACAACUACCAACUCUAAAUGUGUGUAGCUUGUAGCACUUUCACAUGAGCUUCUUUCAAAAACAGCCAGAACAAAUCUCUUA